AUGGCAACCUCUUCGCGCUUUGUCGCUUCAUUGCGACGGACGGCGUUAUCUCCUCGGGCUUCACCAUGCAUUAAGCGCAUUAGACCUGUAACGCAGGUCAGAUGGACUGGAAGUACCUCAGCUACGUCCGAACCUCAUCAGCCGGAUGCGAAGGGUACGGUGAAAGGGGGCCCGGCCCCUGCAAAAGCCGUGAAGUUCACCUCCGAGAUGUAUCCGGAAAUCCAGAGAAACUCCAAGUUCACCAACCUCUCUGAGGAGCAUGUCAAGUACUUCAAGGACAUGCUUGGUUCAGAAUCUGCCGUGGUGGAAAGCUUCUCGAAAGAUGCAUCGGAAGACAUUGAGCCCUACAACAGCGACUGGAUGCGCAAAUACCGCGGACACGCUAAGCUCGUUCUCAAACCCGCAACUACUGAGGAAGUGAGUAGGAUACUGAAGUACUGCAAUGAUAAUAUGCUGGCUGUCGUGCCUCAAGGCGGCAACACUGGCCUUGUGGGAGGAUCUGUUCCCGUCUUCGACGAGAUAGUCAUCAACCUGCAGCGCAUGGACAAAAUCAGGUCAUUCGAUGAAGUCUCUGGUAUCCUGGUUGCCGAUGCUGGCGUUAUCCUUGAGGUCGCAGACAACUUUCUGGCCGAGAAGAAGCACAUCUUUCCACUCGACCUGGGCGCUAAAGGCUCGUGUCAAAUUGGAGGGAACGUCGCAACCAACGCUGGAGGGCUCCGUCUCCUACGAUACGGAAGUCUUCAUGGUAAUGUUCUGGGUAUCGAAGCUGUACUGCCUGACGGUACUGUUAUAGAUGACCUCUUAGAGCUGAGAAAGAAUAACACCGGCUACGAUAUCAAACAACUCUUCAUUGGUGGCGAGGGAACCAUUGGCAUUAUCACGGGGAUCUCGAUUCUAUGUCCGCAGCGGUCGCCUGCUGUCAACGUCGCUUACUUCGGCCUGGAGAGCUUCGAACAUGCGCAGAAGGCAUUCCGAGCAGCGAAGAACCAGCUCUCGGAGAUCCUAUCAGCCUUCGAGAUGAUGGACGGGCGUACACAGAAGCUGUUGAACAAGGCUACUGGAAAGAAGUUACCACUGGAGGGCGAGCAUCCUUUCUAUUGCCUUAUCGAGACGAGCGGCUCAAACACCGACCAUGACAGCGAGAAACUACAAAAUUUCCUCGAAAAUGUCAUGGAAACCGAGAUAGUAUCCGACGGUGUUGUUGCCCAAGAUCAGACACAGAUGGGCGAACUUUGGUCGUGCCGCGAAGGUGUUUCAGAGGCCCUCGGCCACUGGGGCGGUGUCUACAAGUACGAUCUUUCGCUUCCUAUCGCCGACAUGUACGAUCUAGUCAACGACGUUCGGGAUCGCCUAACCGAGGUCGGCCUCGUCGGAGACGACGAUUCGCAUCCUGUGGUAGAUGCCGUAGGAUACGGUCACAUGGGCGACGCGAAUUUGCACCUCAAUGUGCCAGUACGAAGGUAUGAUAAAGAGGUGGAGAAACAAUUGGAGCCAUACGUGUACGAGUGGGUACAGAAGAAAAAUGGCAGCAUCAGUGCCGAGCACGGACUUGGUAUCACCAAAAAGCCGUACAUUGGGUAUAGCAGAAGCGACACCAUGAUCAAGCUAAUGAAGCAGAUCAAAAAUUUGUAUGACCCGAACGGCAUCAUGAACCCUUACAAGUAUAUAUAA